AUGUCUUCUUUGAGAGUGGUAGAUGAGAUGGCGCACAUAAAGGUGUCCGCCAUAGACUACCUUCAGUAUGAGGGGAAAAUGCAGUAUAAUUUCCAAGUCUGCUUUGGCAGUCGCCGUGAUUGGGUGCUGAGCAAAUUAUACGAUGACUUUACCUCACUGCACGCUCAACUAGAAAAACAGUAUGGCAGCAGUAAAGUACCGCAUUUAACAGGAGCCGUCCGAUUGUGGGCUCGCAACAGCAGUUCAACUGCAGCAGGACGUCUCCCAAAACUUGAGGCAUAUUUAAAUGAACUUCUUAUCGUGAGCCCACUCUGGACUCCAACUUCAAACAACAUUGUAGUACAGGAUCCGGAUGACAGUACAGGGUUUAUCACCCUAAAUAAGUUUUUAUAUACAUUUCUGGAGGUGGAAGAACAUACGGUGAAUACCACAUCAUUACCAAAACAAAUACCACAACUGCAAACAAGUGGCCUAUUGAACACAACGGAGUUAAAUCCGGACACCACACCUGCCGCAACACCAGUAGCCACAAGGGAUGCUGCACUAGUGCCAUUAUCAACAUCUAGAAGUGCUGAAUUAGGGAACACGAGAAAACCUAUUGUACCUAUGGAGAAUGAGCGCGGUACCGCAUCGUCUCAUUUAAUUUCCCCUUCCCCAUCCUCAUCCUCAUUGCUAGUAUCAUCUUUACCACAACCACACGCACGAGCAUUAUCAGCAGCAGCAAUGCUUUCCUCUACAUCAACACCGAAAAUGGAAUCAUGUUUAGAGACAGAGAAUACUCCAAAACGUGACUCUGAGGAAUUAGCGCUGGCCGCCACCGCCUCCACUAUAACAGGACAGAUUCUACUGAAUGUAAAGGAUUUUACCAUCCUUGACGGAGCUCACAUUGUUUAUCUUAUGCAUGUCUUUCUUUGCGGCCAUCAUUGGGUGCUCUCCCGGCGUUAUAGUGAAUUCCGAACACUGCAUGAAUCCCUCGUUCGUGUGUACGGCGAGACUGUAGUGCCACCGCUGCGUUGCCGCGUUGUGCCGGCGUGGCGUAAACUCACCGCAGAGACUGGUGAGGCACGACGACAUGUGUUGGAUACAUUUAUGCGUGAUGUUGUGGCGUCUAUUGACACAUGGACGCCCUGUGGACUACUGGCGAGUGUUGAUCUCACAUGCCGCACAGGGCCAGGGUCGCGGGGUCGCAUUAGAGUCUAUGUAAACCAACUGUUAUUUGAUUUUCUUGAUAUCGCCGAUCAAGUGGAUGCACUGAGCGGAGAGGCGGCCGCACAGGCGGUGGGUGAUCAGCGCGACACUCUACCAGAGAGUGUGAAGGUUGCGUACGACAGACACGCCCUGCAGGAACAACAACUGCGGAUGUGCGACAGUAUUGCCGCUAACGCGCAGAAACUCAGCCGUAUGGAUGAUGCACAGUUGCAGUUGUUGCUGCACUUUAUUCCGCUCCUCGCAGAUGACCGUGAUGUGAUGCGGAUGUUUCGUCACCUGGUCUUCACGGGUGAAGUGGGGGUGAAUAUUAACUCCACUUUUGCUGAUUGGGUAAAUGAUGAUUUAAUGCUACGGGAGAGAGAACAGAAAGAUCAAGAACGGCAAGAGCAAGAAAAAAAAGGUAAAGAUGGUGGAGAACCAGUAUUAGGUGUAACAGCACGACAACUGGCGAGUUUAACCGAACGUUUGUUUUUCAAUGACACUAAAAUGGAAGCAAUACGACUCUUUGCAGGGGUUCUUGUUGAUAUUGAUGGCCUCCAAGACGUUUUCGAUACCUUGUGGUUUAAUUGGGAUGAGGCCCGCAAGGAAGUGGAACAAAUCUUAUCGAGGUGUUGA